UCACAAAUCAUUGAAGAAAAAAAGUUCAGAGCACUGUCUAGUGGGUCUAGAUGACCCAACUCCCAAUGUUAAAGUGCCUAGGAUAGCACAAGGGUUAAAGAAUAUGAGGGUAUGUCUCAGAACACAGUUCAGUGACAGCUCAGCCUCUUUGUUUGGGAUUUGCUGCCACCUAGUGGACAAUUCAGGAAGUGCCUUAUUAUUAGCUGUUGACAGCUUUUAUAUUAUUCAUAACUCAACAUGUUUACAUUCUUAAGCUAAGGUCAUGCAAAUAAUGGUAAAAUAAAUACAUCACAUGUAAUAAGCAAUAAAAAUGCUCAUUUAAACAAACAAAUAAAUGUUUAGAUGUAAUUAAAUAAGUGGCUUAAUUGUUAAUAAAAUACUUAUUUUGUAUCCUUUUAACAGGAAUUUUAUUUUUUCCAUUUUGUCUCAGAAUAAAGACAUCAGGGAUGGUGGUGUGGACCCCAUAACUGUACAGAAAUGCAAUGUGUGUAAAACCAUGACCACCUUCCAUAAAUAUGUUUUUGUUAAUUAUUUUUGACUGAAUUAAUGUUCUAUACUUAAAAAUCUAAUUGAAUUCACAGAAAACCUUAAAAAAGUUUAACAUAAAUAAACAGUUUUAAAUAACCGAGAUGCAUUACUCCAAUGCAGUCUUUACCUUAAUAUUUUAGAGCUAUUUAGUACCUCGUUUAAGGAAUUUCUUUAUACAAAAUUGAUGGUACGCUAACUUUCAAAGUAAGAAAAAUCAAGGCAGCUGGUGAACUGUAAACCAGUUUGUUUAUAAGUCAAAGUUUUUGUUUUUUCAGCAAAAAAUGUGUUUAGUCGAGCACAUAAUGAAGAACUGUUGCACCUCAGUAAAUGUUCUUUAUGAAGGCCUAAGAACUAAAGUAAAUGCAUAGGCUAAAUAUUUGAAAAAAAGAAAAACAAGUAGGUUUUUGUAUUAAAUUAUUUUUUCCAAAAUAAAAUGACAAACUUAAAAAACAUUAACAGCUGUUUGUUUAAAAAAACUGUAUUGGUUCAAAAUAAAGAGACCAAGAGGUUAAUUACCUGAAACUAAUUCAAAACCAAUUGUGACUCAGUCAUACUGUUUUACAAACACAACAAAACAAACACAAAAAUACUUAGAAUUGCAUGGAAUUACAAGAUACAAAAAAAAAACACUAAAAUCUUUUAUAAGUAUCUUAAAUGUUGAAAAUUUAUUCAUUUCUUUUGAAAUGAUUUUCUAAUGAAAUUUGCGAAAACUAGGAAAACUGGCGAAAUCUGCCCUUUAAUUAAUGCACGUUCGCAUUAAUUAAAGGGACAGCGAUCUUGGCCCUAUUGGCUCGCCGUCGCUGAUCGGGUCACUGUCGGUGCUUGUUGGCGUCAGUGAUUUGCCCACGUGCUGAUGUUUAUGCUCCUCGUGCACGUCCGCCCAGUGAGAAAGAGAGAUUUGAAAAGAAAAUAUUCAUAACUUUUCGCGUUUCCUUUUAAUGUUAUAUAGAUCACAAAGAAAAACCUUAACAGUGUUUAAAUGAGUUUAGCCGGAUUGUUUAAUUGUUAAAUGUCCAAGAGCUCCUCUAGGCUAAAGUGAUGCCUUCACGUACUGGAAAGAACGUGGGACUUACUUUAGCACUUUAAAGCCUUUCGAGUUACAAUGCUGAUUUAUGUAUUAGUAGGUUUCUUUAGGGAAACAACAUUUGUAAAUAAUAGUUAUUCAAUAAACCUUUUAUACUUAAAGACGGAUUAAAGUUAGACACUUUCCCUAAAAGUGAAUAAUUUAGCCUUUUUUGUGACAGACCUUGGUUUUUCCACUCUAAAUUGUUUUGUUUUUUAAUAGUCUUGCUAAAAAUGCAUUUUCUUUGGUCUGAUUUUGAAAAGAAAACUGAAAGGGGGAUUUAUUUUUUUCUUUUUAAAUUUAUAAUAAUUCUCAAGUGUUUACCCUUGUUUUGACACUUUUGUACAGUUUGUACAUGCAGUUGGUCUUAUACAAUUUAAUUUAGUUUUUCCCCUUAUAACAUAUUCACAAUGAUAACCAUAUAGAAAUAUUAACAAAUUAAAUGCAUUUAAUCUAAAAAACUAUUAUUCAAUGUAUAAUCAUCUAUUUUUAAUCAUGAUAAAAUUACUUGACCUUUUUUGUUCGAGGUUUGCUUUAAAUUAAAGAACUCAAUUUGCAAAAUAUUUUCAUUUUCUGAUUUACAACUUUCCUGGCCGACUCUGAACGUUCCAUGUGGUUUAAAUCCCUCCCCGGACGUGACGUAUUCACCCUCUGCUUGUAAACACAAACUCACACGUGACACCUAAAGCAGAGCUGCGUCGCACGGCCGCAUUGUGUGAGCGGACAAAGAGUCGCUGUGCACGCGGGCAUCGGGCACGCGGGCGGCCAGAGAAGCGUUAUGGCAACAAACACUCGGAUUCUCCAAAGUUAGCCGGCUUUUCGGUGUUUGUCACGCCGGCGUUUGCUGCUCGUGUGGCCGCUUGGACUUCAUGUUUGGCCGCUCGGAGGAAAAACGACCUCAGCUGCGUUUUCAGCCGCAGUUUGUUUACGAAGCUUUUGUUCAAAUCCUAAAUUUAGCUCGCUGUUUUUUUCCCUGUGUGUGUUUCUUUUUGCUAAUAGCAUCUAGAAUUCCCGCGUCCGCCGUUUUUUCUCCUCGAUAAUUAGGCUUAUCGCGGCUGGAUGAGAUGUCAUUCGCCAUGGAGGAGAAUCUGGAGUCCGGAUGGGUGUCCGUUCGGCCCAAAGUGUUCGACGAGAAGGAGAAACAUAAAUUCGUCUUCAUCGUGGCGUGGAACGACGUCGACGGAAAGUUCGCCAUAACUUGUCACAACAGAACCGUCCAGAGACGGACCACCGUUCUGGACCUGGACCGGAGCCCCACGGCGGAGGCGCCCGCCGCGGCAGCACCGACCGCGGGGAAACUUCCGAAAAGUCCGGCCAGACCGAGUCAAGGAGCCGGAGAGAAGAAGCCGGACGUCAAGACGUUCGAGAGCCACACGGUCGGGUCCUGGGACAUCGUGACUCCUAAGGAGAUGGACGUGGAUUUCCCGGACCCCGUGGACGUGUCUCCGGAUGACCAAGCGGACGGCGGCACCAUCAGCCGGGAGGACUUCAGCUGGGCCGGACUGUUCUCCUUCCAGGACCUGCGGGCCGUCCACCAGCAGCUGUGCGCCGUCAACUCUGAGCUGGAGCCGUGCCUGCCGUCCUUCCCGGAGGGGCAGUCCGGCGUGUGGACGGUGCUGUUCGGGGCCCCCGGCCUGCCGCAGGUGGAGACGGACUCGCUGUGCUACCAGCUGCAGGUGUACCUGGGUCACGCCCUGGACACCUGCGGCUGGAAGAUCCUCUCCCAGGUGCUCUUCUCCGAGAACGAGGACACGGACGAGUACUACGAGAGCCUGGGGGAGCUGAGGCAGAAGGGCCACGAGGAUGCUGUGGAUGCGGCCAGACGGCGCAUGCAAGAGGUGUUGGACAAGCACAGGGCCAUGGACAGCAUGGUGGAUCUGCUGCAGGUCUACCCCGAGGAGGACGCCGCCUUCGGCGAGCUCCUGGAAGCCACCACUCAGCUCUACCACUACCUGCUCCAGCCCUUCAGAGACAUCAGGGAGGUGGCGACUUUGCGGCGGCAGCAGAUUAAGAUCUCCCUGGAGACGGAGCGCCUGGGUCCUCGCCGCGUGGAGAGCCUGAAGAAGGAGGACGAAGAGUGGCAGAGGAAAGCCGGCGCCGCCGUCCUGUCCAUUCAAGACCUGACGGUCAAGUUCUUUGAGACCACCACCCGAGCUCUGAAAGCGUUAUACGAGCGAAUGCGAGCGGAUCAGAGGAAGUUUGGGAAGUCGGCGUGGGCUGCAGCGGUGGAGCGCAUGGAGCGUCUGCAGUACGCCGUUUCCAAGGAAACGCUGCAGCUCAUGAGAGCCAAAGAAAUCAGCCUGGAGCAGAAAAAACACGGCCUGAAGGAGGAGAUGCAGAGUCUGCAGGGCGGGGACGGCGCCAUGCUGCGGCUGGACCAGCUGGAGGCGCUGUACUACGAACUGCAGCUGCAGCUGUACGACAUUCAGGCCGAAGUGCUGCGCUGCGAGGAGCUGCUGCUGACUGCGCAGCUUCAGAGUCUGCGCAGGCAGAUGAGCGAGUACCGGGACGAGGUGGUGUACUACGACGCCUUUGAGAGCCCCGACGCCAUGAAGGGCGUGGAGGACCCCGGCCCGCCGCCGUCACACCAGAGAGAAGAAGAACUGAGCGCGCUCCAGCAGAGGGCGCGGCAGCUGGAGGCCCGCAGAGGCCGCAUCACAUCCAAGAAGGUCUAUCUCAAAAACAAGAAGGAAAUCUGCAUCGACAAACACAAGCAGAAGACGCUGCAGCGGCGAGGAAGCAGCGCCUGUGCGCAGCAGGAGGAGGAGGAGGAGGAAGAGGAUGAAGCCGAGCGAAACGCCAGAGUGAGUCAGGACAGACGGAAGACUCUGGACAGACUCCGCAGCCUCAAACAGCGUUAUCCAGGUCAGGUCACGCUGAGGUCCGGUCGGCUGAGGCGGGCGGCGCCGAGCAUGCAGGCCGUCAGCGUUCAGACCGACUCCAUGUCGGACCUCCCAGAACUCUCUGCUCCUCUGGCGGGCUGCUGCGCCUCUUUGCCGCCCGUCGACCUGCAAAGCUGCGCCGUCCCCCCUCCCUUCCUGUCGCUGCCUCCUCUUCCAGCUCCUUCAUCUGCUGUCCGGCUGGAUUCCCCUCCGCCCCCGCCCCCUCCUCCGCCGCUUCCCCCUCCUCCUCUGCUUCCUCCCCCGGAGACGGCGUCCUGCAGCCCGGUGCGUCAGCAGAGGAGCGAGUCCGAAGUGGCGCCGCUGCCUCUGGCUCCUUUCUGCCCGCGGUUCUUUGACAGCAGCCAGCUGAUGACGGCGAGGAAGAAGCUGAGGAAGACCGCCUCCCUGGAUUCGUCGCAGUGGAGACGAGCGAGCUCGCCGAUGGACGAGGUGCUGGCGUCGCUCAAGCGCGGCAGUUUCCACCUGAGGAAGGCGGAGCUCCGCGUCCUGGGCCCCGACCCGGACGAUGACAGCAACAACAUCCUGGCUCAGAUCCGCCAGGGCGUCCGGCUGAAGAAGGUGCGCAGCCGCCCCGAGCAGCAGCAGCAGCAGCGCCUCCCCAAGAGCUUCCCGCACUCGGCCGACGCGCUGACCCGCAGCAUCCACGAGGCGCUGAGGAGGAUCAAGGAGGCGUCGCCGGAGUCGGAGUCGGAGGACGAGGGCCUCCCCUGCACCGACUGGGAAAACUGAGGUGACGCCGUCAGACCCGAAACUUUUACGGAGCCAAAACGAAGAGAAAAGGAGCAGAACAGACAAACCCGGGUCACCUUGGUGCAAUUUCAACGAAGACGCUUCGUUUUUGUUGUGUGUUUUUUGUUUUAAUACGUGUUCUUUGACCACUGGUCUUUCUGUGUUGGAGGACGACUCCAACCUCUGCUGCGUCAGAGCCGACUGUAGCUCGCCGCCACGUUUUUACAAAGUGAGCGUUCUCUCGCCUCAGUCUCCACUUCAACCAUUUACUGUACGCGCUGCAGCGCUGCGACACCUUCAACAGUGCCUGUCGAUCUAAAAACUCGAAGUGGCUGCAGAGGUCUUCGGUUUGAACACUGGGAAGCAGACUUUUCACUCUCGUCUGUGCAGAUGGCGCCAACGCCGCCUCAGUAUUUUAUGAGCAACCCGUCCAGGUUCCAGCUGUCAGUCACUCAGAGGGAUGAUCGGAGCGUGCACGUUUCACAGAACCAUGUGUAGAAACAAAUCCUGAAAGAACGUUCGGGUUUUUCUUCAGAAAAAAAUGACCCGAUUGAAUCUGAAGAGGCUCUGAACACAUAUUUAUAGGGAGAAAGGGAUCGCUCUACCUUCACUGCCCUCUGCUGGCAGCUGCCAUCCAUUACGCCUGAAAACACAGUAAAUGUGAUGUUUUGUUGAUUUUGUGGAGCUUGUUUGCUGCCCCCCCUUGUGUGUUCUGGAGUUUAGUUUUAAAUGCGUGUUGUUUUGAGAAUUUUCUUUCUUUCUUUUUUAAACCAUUACAUCUUUCCGUCUUCUUUUAUUUUAACGUUUGUUUUAGUAAAUGUGAUUCCAGGAGUGAAAGAAUUUCAGCUCAGAUGAGCAUCAAACGCAGAUUUCUCUUAUUGGAAACGAAACGUUUCAUCACAGCUGGCAGAGAUUUUUCAGUCAUCAACUCAGAACUUUGAAAGUUCCUCGCAUACGACAGAAAUCAGAGCAAAAAUUCGUGUUUUUUUUUCCUUUCACGUUUAGCUGCUUCCUGUGGAAAAACCACCAACGGUUUUCUCCUCCUGGGGGGGUUUUCAGCAGCUUCCUUCAAAUUGUAUCCCAUAAAUCAAAACCUUUGUAAACUUUUUUCUUUACACAAAUGAGAGGGGGGGGGGACAGGAAUUAAGGAACUUCAGGCAUGAACGUUGCUGAAAAGUUUCAAAUCAAACAUUUCUCUUUCUUAAAAUUGACCGAAAAAGAAAAUAACUGAUUUAUUUACAAAUAUGAAGAGCAAAAAUGUCGGGUAAAAUAAAAGAGCUCUAUGCCUCAGUCCUUAACUCUCCACCUCCUCUAAGGACUCCUCCAGGAUGACCGUUAGCUUUCAUUGGGAAGAUUCUCAUUUCAAACCAGUCGCUUACGGUUUAGUUGCAGGAUUUUUUGUGAUUUUGCUGUUUACGCCUUUUUCUGCUCAGCUAUGCUAACCGUAGCACCGCCCGCUACCUGAGCGGCGAGCUGCGGCUCCUGGCCUUCCCGUCAUUGUCGUACAGUUUUCCCGCCGCCGUUCCUUCUUAUGCAUGUGACCGGUUCCCGGACAGGACUCGUCACGCCGUACGUGCAAUAACGAAGAUGGAAGAAAAGUCAUUUUUAGGAAUUGUACUGUAAUGAGAUGUAAAUCAUGAAAAAUGUAUCCGCAUGCCUAAAUGUAUUGAAGUAUUUAUUAAAACUUCAUAUUUUAAAGAUUUUUUUUAAAGCGUACAAAUACAAAUGUACUUUAUAUAUAAACUUUGUUUUCCUAUCAUGACAUUCCUCUUUGCUUUCUAUAUCUUAUAUUUAUAAUGGUUUUUCUUUCAAAAUAAAAGCUCAAAAUGUUGGAGUUUUUUUUAAA